CAAUACCAUUGUGCAGCUAGCCGUAAGCAAGCAGUCAAUCUUCGAGCAUCACUCAUUGAUAGCUAAUAUUCUUGCCAGGGCUGGGUACCAGGAGUCUACAUGGGUGUUUUUCUUCCCGAUCUUAUUGGCCGUCGUGCGCAACACUGCGGGACCUGUGUUCUUGCUUGCGUAUUCUUCGCCAUCUGGGCCGGCGUCAGCGAUAUCUCCAGCUCUGGUGGACUCAUUGCGCUCUUUACUCUCUCUCAGUUCGCUUUGGCAUGUGGACCCAGCGUCACGACUUUCCUGAUACCGGCCGAAGUAUUCCCUACUCGUGUGCGUGGCACCGCUCAUGGUAUUUCCGCAGCAUCGGGAAAAGCUGGCGCCCUGCUGCCGGCGUACUCUUUCGCCACAGCCACGAAACAGAUUGGCCUCCGCGGUGUCCUAGGUCUGCUUUCAGGGGUUCUAUCUUUGGUUGCCCUGGUCACUCUUCUGAUCCCGGAACCGAAGGGAAAGACGCUUGAUGAGAUUGAAACCCCACUUUCCGCCCAUCACCUACCUUGCGAAGGCGCCAUUUGUUGUUUGGCCGGGUGUUGGUAACAGUCCGCAUCAUUAACGGCGGCUUGAGCUUCCAGUUCGUUUCAACCUUUCCCGGGCAACGACGUAUAUAGACCAUAGUAUAACGAUAAAGGAUCAUUUCCUUGUGCUUCCCAAGGGAGAAAAAUGUGACAUGGUG